UCUGGAGAACUUCUGCCCUACAUGCGGAUUAUCUGUGGCAGCCUCCCAGAUGUUGGGGCACCAGGACGCGCUGCUCAUCCUUCACACACACACACCUCCCAUGUGCACAACAGUUAAGAAGUUUUUUUUUCUUCUUUUAUGGCUACAAAAGGGGGACGUUUGAACAGCGGGGAAUGGAUAUUUGCCGGCAUCUGCACAUUAAAACCUGAUGUAAGAGAAGAAAUGAGGAGGGGAGGAAUCCUUUUUCAUUUCCAGACCGACUGUGCCACUUUGCUGACCGUGUGGCGCGGAUAAGGCCACGCGCACGAACAUAUAGAAUAUGACAAAAAAGUGACUGAAAGUUAUGGAGGGCUCCGGUCAGGUCGAGCCAACUCUGCCGGUGAACACCACUAACGACAGUUUUAUCACUGAUCCACCCGCCGCGGAUGUGGGUGCGGAGAGUCUCGCCUAUCAAGUCAGUCUGGCGGCGAUCCUCUCCGCGAUCACGCUCGCCACCACUCUGUCCAACGCGUUCGUCAUCGCAACGAUCUCUCAGUCGAAGAAGCUGCAGACUCCCGCGAACUUUCUGAUCGCCUCCCUGGCCAUCACCGACCUGCUGGUGUCCAUCCUGGUGAUGCCCAUCUGCGUCCUGUACACGGUCAUCCACACCUGGACGCUGGGGCAGAUCGUGUGCGACAUCUGGCUCUCCUCGGACAUAACGUGUUGCACGGCGUCCAUCCUCCACCUGUGCGUAAUCGCUUUGGAUAGGUACUGGGCCAUCACGGACGCGGUGGAGUACUCCAAAAAGCGCACGCCGGGACGCGCGGCCGGGAUGGUGGCCAUAGCCUGGGUCAUCGCCAUCUCCAUCUCCCUGCCGCCCCUCUUCUGGAGGCAGGUGAAGGCGGAGGAGCUGACCAGCUGCAGCGUCAACACGGAUCACAUAUUCUACACCAUCUACUCCACCUUCGGGGCUUUCUACAUCCCCACCAUGCUGCUCAUUGUCCUCUACGGACGGAUAUACGUCGAGGCUCGGAAACGGAUCCUGAAGCAGUCCCCGAAGAAGGUGGGGAAGAGACUCACCUCCGCGCACCUGGUCACCAACUCCCCCGGAUCCGUGGCGUCCACGUCCUCUCUGCAGUGCGGGAGGCACGACGCUCAGUCCAGCGACACCGGCUCCUCAACAAGCGAGAACCAAGUGAAGGUGACGGUGUCGGACGCGCUCUUGGAGAAAAAGCGCAUUUCGGCAGCCAGAGAGAGGAAAGCGACAAAGACCCUGGGGAUAAUCCUCGGCGCUUACAUCGUGUGCUGGCUGCCGUUUUUCAUUUACACACUGGUGGUGGCCACAUGCGACACGUGCUUUAACCCCGAGUUGUUUGACUUCUUCACCUGGCUGGGAUAUCUGAACUCCCUCAUCAACCCGAUCAUAUACACCAUGUCCAACGAGGACUUCAAGAAAGCUUUCCACAAACUCAUGCGCUUCAGGUGCUGCAGGUCGUGAACGAGCGUCUCAUCGGUCUCCAGUGAGAUUUAUUUAUGUAUUUAUUUUUGGAUAACCAGUUCUGAGAAAUAAAAUAAGAUGAAAUAAAAAAUGUAUGAGAUUAUAUGAUGGUAAGAAUGUCAGAGGAAAAAAGAUAUGGAGCCUGGGCCAUUUUAAGUUGCGCAUGUGAAAAACAAACAAAUACAAAAAAAUAUAUGUAUUUAUUUACUCGAGACAGAUUUAAAAGCUCCAACAAGCGAAAGCCUGGCGUGAAGCUGCUCAGCACAGUUUCCCGUUUAUGAAACGCUCGUUUUCACACACCAAACAAACGAUGGAGAACUUUACGCACAACGCAAAACCACUCCAAUGUUGUUAUUUUAGCUCCUCCUGACGGGCAAAUUUGUUUUGCUGUCGGGAAAAAAUAGUGACGGGUUGUUUAGUAUUCUUUAUGGAUUUAUGGGGUUGUGCUGUAGCCUAAUAUAAAGCAAUGUAGCGCGUUGUUCCCAUGCGACGACUGAACCAUUACGCGAUAAGCAGCAGCUUAUAUCUGUACGAAAAGUAGUUUUAUUUUUAAAAAAAACCGCAGAUAUCUGUGUGAUAUGUGUGCUGAGGUGCGAUAACAGUGGUAUAUAUAUAUUUUAUUACGGUCAUGGACUGCUUGCUGCUGCCCUGUAUGGUUAUCUCUCUUAUUUAGAAAGGCACCCUCAUGGCUCCGAGAAAAGAAAAGAUUCAUAUCAGCGUCAAACAAAGAAACUGUCGCUGAUAUUUACCCAGCAGAGCUGAAAGCUGAUCCAUAAGUUCAAUUUUGCAGAACAAACACCGCCGCCGUGUGUUACUGUGUGCGUGUGUGGGGUCUGUUUGCUGCUACAUUCAACCUGUAUCUGCAGUAUGUGAUGAUCAUGUGUAAAACGGUUUGACAUCUCAUGGCUAAAGAGACUGAUUCGAGUGAGUGGAGUUCAUUAAAAAAAAAAAGAAAAAAAAAAGGAGGAAAUAAUGCUGGGGUUUUAUUUCAGCAUAAUGUGAGAUACAGGUCUGAUGUUCUGUUCCCAUCCAGAGAUGCUGUCCAAUAAAAGGCUUUCAAGUAUUUA